AUGUCGACGCAAAAACCACCACCACCACCACCACCACGAUCAGCAGCUAUUGAUCCCGCGGCCAGACAGCGACAGGUGGCCAGGGAUAGGUCGGCUGCGGCCUAUUUGGAUCAAUUGUCGGCAAUUGUUAAGGCCGUGGCCAACCGCCGACACUCGCCCUGUCUCCAGGCCGAUGAGAUGGAAAUACGAUCGCAUGGGAACACCGGUAGCAAACAACAGUCUCCUCCUCCACCACCGCCUCCUCCACCGCCACCGCUGCCACCACCUCCUCCACCGCCACCGCUGCCACCACCUCCUCCACCGCCACCGCUGCCACCACCUCCUCCACCGCCACCGCUGCCACCACCUCCUCCACCGCCACCGCUGCCACCACCUCCUCCACCGCCACCAGUGGUACACAAUGGUACCAUCAAAUGGCGAGACAAUUCGGAUCUAUCUAAACGACUACAGGACCAACAGUCUGCGUACAACAAGAAUGAAAACGAUACGAACGCCAAGUCUUCAUCGGCGGCCGCUUCGCGAAAACGUCAGAUGGAAUUUCCCCGUACAUUCAUCACAUCCGGCGACGCAUCCGCCGAUGAUAAUGCCGAAGUAAUCAAAGACAAUAUGUGGCCAAAUCCGUUGCAAUAUUUUCUGGUACCCGAUAUUGAAGUGAAAAACGGCGGUCUGGAUGGCGAAGAUUCGGAUGACGACGAAAACGAUGAAUCGGUUGUUGUCGUCGAAGAAGAGGAUGACGACGGAGAUAGAGAUGAAGAGUGCGAUGACGAUUGCAAAGGUGGUCCCGACGAGGAUGACAAUGGCGGCGUUUUGCUGUUUUGCCGACCGUUUGGCUUGUCGGCCAACGAUAGUACCGCUACCGCUAGUGGUGAUAACAAGGCCAAUAUCGGUAAUUUUACACUAACUGAGCUCAGAAACAGUUCGAUAGCUUUUAGUUUAUACAGGGCUCAGGUAGACACACAUGUAUUGUUUAUUACACAAUGGUUUCAAACGCAAGUCAAUAAUAAUAAUAGUGAUGUUAUAGCCAAACGUAGCCAUCAAUUGUAUGAUUUCAAUGACCCGAAGUUACCGAUAGCUAUUGAUAGCAGCAACAAUACUACCCAUAGUAAGGAAAUACCCGAUAUUGUCGACAAUACUGACGAUCAGUAUUAUAGCUAUAUACUAGGAUUAUAGCUAUACUUUGAGUCCGAUGAUAAUGAGGGCAUUGUAUUUGCUAAGCACCGGUAUAUUGGAUAUUAUUGUUUAUUUAAUAGUAGUAAUCAAAAUCA